AUGGAAAACAAAAACACAACCCCCUCCGGCCCCUUCCCCCCCACCGGCCUCCACAUCCUAAUAGUAGGCGCUGGCUUUGCCGGCCUCUCCGCAGCCAUCGAAUGCGAGCGCAAAGGCCACCGCGUGACUUUAUUCGAGAAAGUCUCUUCCAUAGACGAAAUCACUCGGUACGGGGAUAUCAUCUCGUUCGACCCCAACGGGUCACGGGCGUUUGAGAAGUGGGUUUUCCCUUCUGGCGAGUCGGUGGCUGAAAAGAUGGAAGCGAUUGCUCGACAGACUACCUGGUUGGAUCUUUUUCAUUACAAGGGGGAGUUUGUUACAAGGCAAAGUUUCAAGGAGGAGAAGGAUAUGGGUUGGGAGGGGAGGAGGAUUAAUGGCCAUAGGGGGGAGUUGCAUCGGUUGAUUUGGGAGUAUGUGAGGACUAGGAAGGGGGUGGAAGGAAGGGGGAUUAAGGUCAGGUGGGGGGUGAGGGUCAGGGAUUACUUUGAGUGUGAUGGGACCGAGAGUGGAGGGAAAGGGCAAGGGGAAGAAGGGGAAGAAAGGGAAAGACCGCAUGCGGGUGUGAUCAUCACGGGAGCAGAUGGCGAGAUUGAGAAAGUGACAGGUGACGCCGUUCUAGCCGCUGAAGGCGUUAGGUCAAGAGGUCGGAAGUUAGUCCUUGGCCUUGAGGAAGACGAACAACCAAAGUCUUCCGGCUACGCAGUUUACAGGGCUUGGUUCCCUUCUGCGCCUGUUAUCGCAAAGAACCCCAUCACCAAACAUCUCGUGGAAAACGGGGAUCAACACCAGGGCUUCAUCGGGCCAGACAUUCACUUCCUUGUCUCGAGCAUCAAGAAGGGAAGCGAGAUAAACUGGGUGUUUACCCACAUCGACGACGGCAACAUUGAAGAAUCUUGGCAAUUCCCCGGUAAACCCGAGGAAGCAUUGACCUACCUGGAAGGAUGGUGUCCCGUCGUCAGAGAACUAGUGAAAGCUACACCGCCGGGGAGACUAAUCGAUUACAAACUCGUCUACCGCGAACCGCUGCCUACCUUCGUCAGCCCAAAAGGAAGGAUCGCGCUGAUAGGAGACGCCGCUCACCCGUUUUUGCCUACGUCUAUUCAGGGAGCAAGUCAGAGUAUCGAAGAUGGAUCAGUGGUGGCUGCUUCUCUUGAACUUGCCUGCCAUGCAAACAAGAGGGGCGAGAUGGCGAAACAGAAAGUGGUCCCCACGGCGCUUAAAGCUUUUGAAAAGCUGAGGUACGAACGGGUGCAUAAAGCGCAAGCCAAUGGGCCGAAGAUGAGGGAGCGGUGGCAUAAGGCUGAUUGGGACGGGCCGGAGGGGGUAUGGAAUUGUCCGGAGAGGAUAUGGUUGUUGAGGGAAGGAUGGUUGUUGGGGUUUGAUGCUGAGAGGGAUGUUUAUCGGAGGUGGGCUGAGGUGGUUGCGGAGAUACAGAAGAAGGAGAAGGGAGAGAAUGUGGUGAAGUUGGAUGGGAAGAGUGGGAAGGCCAAGUUGUGA